GCUGCGGUAGAGCUCUGAGCUAGCAUAUUAAGUAUUAACGAUGAACGACAAAAUACAGUUACAUUUUACCAUUACAUUAUAUAAUACAUAUAAUAUUAUAUGAAUAUAAAUUUACAUUCUAUUACAAUAUUAAUUAUAAAGUUAAUUACUCAAAGUACCUAUUUGAUACGUUUCCCGGUUUUAAUAUUGAUGUAAAAUUUAUAAACACCCGACUUCGAAAUAUUAUAUUAUUAUGAUAAUUUAUUUUUUAAACAUUUUCAUACCAUUGUCCAUUAUUAUAAUGUAAUACGCACGAAUUAAAAUUGUUGCGUUCUUUUGAAAUAGUUCAACGGCGGCAAGUUUUGUCUGUCACCAUGGAUUUAUUCGGCUUACUCAUUAUUGUAAUGCUAUUCUACGUAGUAAUUCUGUUUCUAGAUGUUACGUUUAAGUCGUGUUCUCACUAUCCGUACAUUGUUUUUCUCCAAAAGACUGGACUGACCGUGGGACCUUUUCAACUUCAGUGGUAUACCACAUCUUUGAAUCGGAUGAUUUUGAAAAUAUCUUUUUGGAAUCCUAAAUUUCAAGCGCUGUGGUUCACAUUUGGAUCUUGGGUUACUAUUUGUCUUAUUGUGCCAUCAAUAUGCUUAGUGAUUGUUUCGUGUGGACAAAUAUUCAACAGAAUGUAUUCAGUACCAUCAACUGAACCAGUUCAACAACAAACACCAAUUUUAGAACCAGCUGUUCCGGGUAUAAAUUUACCAAUGGCAGAUUUCGGAUACUACAUUAUAGCAUUAAUGACAUCUACAAUAUUUCAUGAAUUAGGCCAUGCUUUAGCAGCAAUUAGGGAAGAUUUACACGUUGAUGGAGUUGGAAUGUUAUUUGUUUUAAUAUUACCUGUAGCUUAUGUUCACUUAGAGGAUAUAGCAUCAAUACCAUGUAGUAAACAACUCCGAGUAAUGUCUGCUGGUGUGUGGCACAAUGUUGUUCAAGCUAUGUUGGCAUAUAUCGUUUUGUUACUGUUACCAACUUUUAUGUCACCUUUUUAUUCAAUUGGUUAUGGAGUCAGUGUUACUAAUGUCGAUCAGAGAUCUGGUUUGCAUAGCAAAGGUGGACUUGAAAUUGAAGAUGUCAUAACACAUUUGGGAGAUUGUCAAGUGGAUGAUUUUAAAACAUGGUCUGAAUGUUUAAAAUACACUUUAAUGAGUACACAACCUGGUUUUUGUUUAUCAUCGGAAUUCGUUCAGGAUCACGAUUUAACAAAGCACGUUGAACACAAUUUGGACGGUGUGCUACUUUGCUGCGAUCCAAAUACUUUAACAGAUUUAUGUUUCGAGUAUAUUGAAUCGUCGUCAGAUCCUCAAGAACUCCCACAACAUUCCUGUCUCAAUGUCAGAAAGGUGACUGAAAAUUCAUUGUCGUUUUGUGAUUUAUCUCACCAUUGUCCAUACGCUCAUUGUUUUCGGCCAUCGCUCAAUAAUCUCACUAAGUUAGUUGUCAUUAAGCGCAAAAUGAGAAACGAUGUGUUAUUCCUUGGUCGACCUAUGGAUUUAUCGUUCGUGUCUGUGACAGAAUACGUACCAAAGACUGAUUACUUAUCAUACAGAUUACCUCAAUCUUUAGAAAAGUUCUGUAAAUAUUUAUUGAUGUUUGCUGGAGGGUUAGCUAUCAUCAAUGUGAUACCAUGCUUUUACUUUGACGGUGACAAAAUCACCAGAGUCUUAGUAAAUACAUUGCUUAAAGAUCACGUCGAACUUCUAAGUGUACGAUUAGCUAUUUCUCUUUGUUUAUCGUUAUUAGGUUCUUUAAUUUUAGUUAUUUAUUUACUUCUAGGGUUCUGGUCACUUUUAGGAGUGAUUAAAUAAUAAUAUUUGAAAAUAAUAUUAUAUAAAAUAAAGAAUUUAAAAUUUAAAUAGACUAUUAAUAAUAAUUUAUUGUGUUUGAUUAUUUUCUAAUUGACAACUUAUAAAAAUAAUGUUGCGUUACCUAGCUUAACAUUUUUUUUUUAAUUUUGAAAAUACUUAUACUGGUUUCAAAUAAUAGUAUUUUAUUUUAUAUGUAGCCAAUAGUGAGGCUUGUAUGUUUUAUUUUAUCCAUUAAAUAUACCUAAAUGUACAUACCAGUUAUGUAUUAAAAUUUGUAAAAAAAUUUACAAAAACCAAAAUAUCCUGUACAAUUUUUUUAAAACUAUUAAAAGACAACACCUCUGUUUUUUCGACAUUUUUAAAUAACAUCAAGUCUUUUAUUUAUAUGAUCAUACAAAAUGUUGUAUAUAAAUGAUUAGAUUAAAACCAUUUUGUAGAUAUUGAAGGCCGUAAAAUACGUUUGUAGCCAAGAAAGCUUUAAAUUUGGUUAAUAGAAAAAAAUAAUAUUUAUAAAGGUAUUGAUUAAAAUCAAUAGUUGCAGAAACAUUGUAAUGUGGCAAUUAAAUGUAACUGGUGAGGUUUCUACAACAAUCUAUAUUUCACCAAUUCUUAUAAUCCUAACUAAUAAUUUAACUAUAUUUUUGACAUCAUACUUUUAUAAAUAAUUUUUCACUUACAAAUCAUUGCAGUCUUAAUAUAUUUACUAUAGCAAAUAUCUUAAAAGGAUUUUAAUAAAAGCAAACUACAGAACUUGUGUUUGUAGUGCUGUUUUCAAUGUUGUAGUACACAAUUUGUUUUUGAGUGUGUGAGGCGUUUUAUAUGAAACUAAUAAUAUAUUUUAUACUACUUUUUUAAUAGUUUUUUUUCGUUUUUUAAUUUACAUUUUUUUUUUUCUAACAGUUGAAUUUUGUGUUUAAAAUAAGAUUGUUAUGAUUAUAAGUAUCGACUUAUGAUUUUGUGUUGUUAAUUAUUUUAAUACCAUUAUUAUAUUAUUGUAAACAAAUGUAAACUCUUAUUUAAUUCAUUUUUUAUAAAUGUAUACAUUUUAUAAUAGUUCAUAAUUCAAAAUGGUGUGUUAAGUGUUUACUAAAAACUACUCUGUUUAA